AUGCAGCGCCAUCUGAACUGCUUGAAGCGUCAGGCCAUUGAAGCGACUCAACCCGCAGCGUACAAUAUGGCCUUUGGCGAUCACAAGGGCCUGCCACCCCUUGUCAGAGACUACGAGCAGAUCCUGGACGCCAUUGAUGUGUACUGCUACCCCAAGACAGGCGCUCUUCACAGACUAGCGCAUGAUAUUGAUGGCGUCUUUGCCCCUUACACCACAACACACGACUCGACCCAGGGCUAUCGCAAGUACCUAAACAAUCUAGACUCCCGGAAGAAAACAACCACUACCUUCCUCAAGCACUCCCGUAGGAUGAUCCAUACCGUCAGGGCAGAGAAUCCUCGUUUGGAGGAGGAUGAGCUAAGAAUCGACGGGAAUCCGCAGCUUGUCGGAUUUUCCGGUGACAUCGGCAAGCGCUUUGGCGAACACGACACGGAUCUCCGCUCAAACUUCCUCAUGGGUCUCGUGCGCGCCGCAUCAAGUCAGCUGUUUGAGGGGAAAAGAAAAAAUACGCAAAUGGUUAUCUUUCUUAUCGGCAAGACUUCACAUGCCGGCUUUGCGGAAGUGUUAUUCACUCGCUUGGUUCAAGGCUAUGUCGUGAACGGCACGGGAUUCAGCCACUACCCAGCCGGAAUUCAAGUGCCUCUGGGAAGACGCAGCGUCCAGCAAUGGCGUGGGUAUUGGGAGUGGAUCAAAGACAACACACCGUUCCUGGCCAACCACAGACGCGAGACCAAGAGGCUCACGGACCUCACACAUCCCUCUCAAGCGGAAACUACCAUCGGCUGGGCGCCAUACGCAGAUUCACUACCACAAAGGUUGAAGAUUGCGAAUUUGAAUGAACGAGAUUACCGUGGCGUAGUCGGGUUGUCGUGA